CUUUGUGUCCAUAGUUUCAGCGCCACUCUUUCUCUCUGUAUUCACAGCAGAGAGUCCACAGGUCUUCAGUGACUACUGAAACACACAGAUUGCUGGUAAUGGAGAAAGGCCACAAUCCCCCUCCGUAUCCUGGUCCUCAGAUGGACCAACCCAACAUGUCCUACCCCGGACAACCAAUUUCAUACCAACCUCAACCAGGUCCGGGGUACCCCCCUUUAAACACGCAGGGGGUCAUUAUGACUUCGGCCACUGGAGCCCCAGCAGGCCAACCUAUGCAACCCAUAGUAACACAGGUGGUGGUUAUGCCCCUCCAUUUGACUGAUGUCCCGGGGCAGAUGAAAUGCCCUCACUGUCAGCAACAGGUUGUCACGGAGACAAGAUACGUCAAUGGUCUGCUCACUUGGGCCAUCUGUGGAGGUCUUGGCAUAUUACUGAUCUGGCCGUGUUGUUUGAUUCCGUUCUGUGUGGAUGCCUGUAAGGAUGUAGAACAUCGUUGUCCAAACUGCAAAUGUAUCAUCUACCUGUACAAACGAAUGUAACUUGUGCUGAAGUGAAGAACAUCUGGACAAAUCUUCAGAAAAAAAAAUAUUCUGGAGAAUUUAAGAGAGUUCUCUUUAACACAAACCAAAAUCGCCCUAGUGCCUUAAUAAUUCAGCCUUUACUGGACAUAAGUGGAUAUACUGUAUAUUUAUACUGUUUUAUAUGUAACCCGUGACACUGUGAGAGCACCAUGGCUCUGGGGGAAGAUUUAUCUUUUAAUGUACUGAUCAUGCACAUGUUAAUGUAAUUAAAGGAAUAUUCAUGGUUAAAUACAAGUUAAGUUCAAUCAACAGCAUUUGAGGUAUAAUUUUGAUUACCAGACAAUUUAAUAUAGACGUGUCCCACUUUUCUUUAACUAAAGCAAAACUCCUACCACACCUGGAGUCGCCAGUUCAAAUCCAGGGCGUGCUGAGUGACUCCAGCCAGGUCUCCUAAGCAACCAAAUUGUCCCGGUUGCUAGGGAGGGUAGAGUCACAUGGGGUAACCUCCUCGUGGUGGUGAUUAGUGGUUCUCGCUCUCAAUGGGGCAUGUGGUGAGUUGUGUGUGGAUCGUGGAGAGUAGCAUGAGCCUCCACAUGCUGUGAGUCUCCGCGGUGUCAUGCACAAUGAGUCACGUGAUAAGAUGUGCGGAUUGACGGUCUCAGAAGCGGACGCAACUGAGACUUGUGCUCCACCACCCGGACUGAGGCGAGUAACCGCGCCACCACGAGGACCUCCUAAGUAGUGGGAAUUGGGCAUUCCAAAUCGGGAGAAAAGGGGGAUAAAAUAAAAAUAAUAAAACAACUAAAACAAAAAUCAAGGGUACGGUGAGGCACUAACAAUGGAAGUGAAUGGGGACAAUUUCUUCCAUUUUUGUAUGGCAGAAACGUGAAGCUUGUAAUUUUAUAAAAGUUCUGUGUAUUAUGUGAGCUGUAAAGUUGCUAAAAUCAUUAUUUUUUGCUGGAUUACAUGAUUAAGAUGUUACGUCACCAUGGCAACGAAGUUGUAUAAUUUGAUAUAACAUGACACAGAAAAGGUGAGCAUCGAUUUGAUCACACAACAAUGUUAACAAGCAUAUUGUUCAUGGCUAUACUUUUGAAACUGAGUAUUUUAACAUGAACUGAUUGGCCCCAUUCACUUACAUUAUAAAUGCCUCACUGUAAUUCAGAUAUUUACUUAAUUUUUUUAAUACAUUUUUGUGGUAAUCAACAAUGUACCACAAAUUAUGUUGAUUAAGUGGCCUUAUAUUGAACUCGGAAUAUUAAAUUGUAAUUUACUACUUGUUGCCAUUUUUGCACAACACAAUAUAUUGUAGCAAACCAAAAUGCUUCUGUUAUUGUGCGCAUGUAUUUCUUCUGUUUAAUCGGGAAUCACUCUAGUCUAUCAAGGGGGUGGGGAAUGGAAAAGUAGCGGUUGCUGUUGUGUACACAUCAUUCCUGAGAAUUGUACGGUGUGGACAUCGGCCUUACCAUUGCCCAAAUAAUAAACUUUUCAAAUGUU